GAAACUGCCUGUUCCCUCGGCUACUUUGAAACCCUUUGAAACCCCUGCGUGAGCUUUGCAUUGAUAUUAUAUUUUACACCCUCGGUGCCCCAGGUGGAAAAAGCUCACGGGAGUAGUCCAGAUGGACGCAAUUCUGAACUGCAGAGCAGAUGACUUGGAAGAUUACUACAGCUUGCUGGGUUGUGAUGAACUAUCUACGGUUGAACAAAUUAUUGCAGAAUUUAAGAUUAAAGCCCUUGAGUGUCAUCCUGACAAACAUCCUGGAAACCCCAAGGCAGUGGAGAAUUUCCAGAAGCUGCAGCAAGCUAAGGAGAUUCUUACUAACGAAGAGAGUCGAGCACGUUACGAUUACUGGCGACGAAGUAAAAUUACUAUUCCAUUCCAGCAAUGGGAGGCCCUGAGCAACUCUGUGAAAACGUCAAUGCACUGGGCUGUCCAAAGUAAGAAGGACCAAAUGCUGGAAGCUCCUGACUUGAGUAACAGCAACAACAUAACUAAUGAGAUUUGGACCCAACAGACUGAAAACAAUGAAGACGGGUUACCAGAUGGGAACCGCGAGCAAGAUGAUGUUGCUAUUCGUGAUGUGGAACCACAGUCUUCAAAGAAUCCAGACUCCCCAAGAUUUUCAGAGGCAAAUUACUGGCACUUGCGUUUCCGCUGGUCAGGGGAUGCUCCAUCAGAGCUUCUGAGGAAAUUUAGAAACUAUGAGAUCUAAAAUGCAAAAUACACAAGAGCAUGAGAUCAUCUGCUCAACAACUCAGUAUUUUUUUGUCAGUAGUUAUAAGUUAGUUGUAUUUUCUAUUCAUUCAUCGUGAUGUGAACGUUGUUAGAAUAAAU